GACCAAGAAUCACUUGGGAGCGCUUUUGGUACCAAUCUAUGGUUUUGUAUCCACCACUGAACACACCACGCCUGACUCACACCAUCCUCUUCGGACCUCUUGCAGUUUCCCUUGUCAACACAGACCGUCCUCCUUAGGGCUUGUCAAGAUUUUUUUUUUGACUUUAAGAUAUCUAUCUUCAUUCCUACCGGCUGAUGGGAUAAUUUCACGUUGAUUCUUGCAACCAGACUGCCUCCUCUGGAAUCGCAACAACUUCCGCACAUAGAACGAAGAAAGAACAGUUCACGUUACAUCUCAUUCUCUACAUACCCCAUCGUCCGGCAAUGAUCUCAUUCAAGCACCCAAAUCUCUUCCGCCCUAACAGUCGCCCCGCAUCACCGAAUCCCCCUUCCCGUCCUGAAUCCGGUACGGUCCUGGAGAGGACGUCCCGACCUCUCAACAAGCUCUCUUUCAGUGGCUUCAAACGACCGUCCUCUUUGAUGUCUGUCUCCUCUCCCCCUCCAACUCUGCUUGUGCAAGACGGGUCUUACCUUGAGGCACUCAGUCUUAAGCUUAGUGAGGCGGUCUCAAAGGCACUAGCGCAACCUGCCGGUCCAGCGUCUGUUGGCGAGUUAGUUGGAGGUAGACGUCCAAUUCCUCCUGGUCGUGGGCAAGUGCUCGGACUUUUAAUUUCCUCGGAGCUCAAGGCAUGCCGAAACAAUCUCCAUUUGCACAAGGCUAUCCUUCGUUCACUUCACAGGCCAUUAUCUGUCCUACUCAGCAACCUCUCAGCACUCAUUCUCCCCCUCCUUUCUUCGCCUGCAUUCCUUUCCUCACCUCCUCCCACUGUACAGGCUCCCAAUCCUACUGCAACCCAGCUCCAUGCACUCGCAGCUGCAGGCUUUGCAGGAGAGCUCCUCGACAGCUUCGAUGAAAUAGGUUUGGGCUUGGACAAUGAUGCGAGAGGAGACGGUUUGAAGGCGAUUCGCGAAGGUCUUGUUUCCCUCAUAGGUCGUGUUGUGAACCCACUCAUUGCUGGCAUCAAGUCUGAACUGAUGCCUCUCCUGGAGUCUCUGGAAAAGCCUGUUGCUGUCACUGCGCCUAAGACAGGUACCAAAGUCAUUCUUCAUCCAUCCAUCAUAUCAUUACAAUCACUUAUGCCUGUAUACACCCGUGCAUUGGUACGGUACACCACAGCCCUUUCUUCCCAAACGACCUUGGCAACCUUCUUGAUCUCCGUCAUUUGGAGAGCCCUCGUGGCUUUCGCGAAUCGGCCCCAAGUGACGGUUUCGCCAUCUACGUCCCCGCUGGGUUCACCGCAGCUCACAUCCGCAACCAAGAGGCAGCGCGCCACUUCUGGUAAUGCUCCCCCCGCAACUCAGACUCCUACACGGUUUACUCUUAAGUUGCCACCUUCACGGCCACCCUCACGCCCAUCGUCUCCUCCCAGCAUCCAGGUUACUUCAUCAGCGGCCGCUGAUGCACGUGCGCUCCACGACCUCAUGGUUCUCCUUCCACGUCCUCCUGCGGGGCGCGAUGCGACACGUGUGGCUCGCGAGGCUGUGGAUGAAGCGUUUUCUGACUUAAAUGCUUUGGUCUCACUGCUUGAAAGUAUAGAAAACCCGUUGUUCAGGAUCGGCAAGUCGCGUGAGCAGGUUCUGGAGGAGAUCGAGACGCUUACUGCCGAUUUGUCGACCCUCAUUGCGUUGCCUGUGCUCCUGCGGGGUUACUCCGGAGUCACAAUUGAGUCGCUAUCCAUUCCACCGAUCUCCUCUAUUAUCAAUGUCUCAGAGGAUGAAUAUAGAAAGACCUGCCUAUCAGGUUUUGGGCGAGCAGAACAGUGUAGCAGCAUCGUCGGUCAUAGCGUGCUUGACUUCUUGCGUGCCAAAGGUGGCUUCCAGAGCCUCGCGGAGCAGUGGCUGGCAAACCGAGUAGAUGCCAUCGAUCAUUGACUGCAUGGACUCAACGAUCUCUACUGGUACGACUAUCUCCUAUCAUGUGAGUUAGUGUUCGUCCUUAUGUAUUGGUCCAUCACAUUGUCUUCGGGUUAUUCUUAUAUAAAAUCGUUAUCUAAAUUGUUUCGUUUUGUUCACAUUUACUCUUGUCUGUGCUGUCGCCUGUCUCUCAAU